AUAAUCCGCAUCCAGACCAACAAACCGCUUGUUCGCCGUGCCGCAAGUAUCAUAAAACCAAGACUUCCUACCAAGCAAAGAAAUCCAUCAUUUGUCCGAUCCAAACCGCUUAGUUGAAUCUGAAUAAAGAGUGAUGUCUCGCCUGAGUCCGCCCCGCAAUCUGUGUUCGGUGAGGUACUGAUUACUGAUAAAUGACCGAAUGAGUGGGCGCGAUUUGUGUGCAGAUAUAAGAUCGUGCUUCGUAUCUUGAAUUUUCUCCCCUCCUGUUCUUAAGCUCAAGCUCGUUUCUGUCUCGUCUCCGUUAUCUAUUUUCCACAUAAACUCCCAAGAGCUGGUGUUGCCUUUGACGCGCUGCAAGGAUAUGUCGAACGUGGAUCUGAACCGGACUGGAGUUGUUCGUCCAACUUCUGGUGAGGUCGAUGGCUCUAGCUCACACCUCGGCAAUGCACAGAACGAUGGACACUUCCCCUCUCGAUACCAGGAGCAAAACCACGAUCGAACACGGACAAACUCGCUCGAUGUCGAUUCCACUACCAAAGCGCAUUUCCGCUCCGAAAAAUCUCACUCUCGAUCUGCACCUCCUCCCCCGUUUCGAGCAUCUUUCUGGUCUUCUGAUCCUAUAACUGCUGGUAAAAGGAAGAUGUAUUUUCGAGCUGUUGGAGGAGGGACGUUCUUGAUGAUUAUUGUUAUAUUUGCUGUGCUUUCGAUAUUCUGGGCGUCACUUUAUAACGUCAGUGCCUAUAUUCACAAGUUAGAGGGAUGGAUUGUUGACUUUGAUGGAGGACCGAUAGGCCAAACAGUCAUUCAGGCAUUCCGCAACAAUACAGGAAUGCCAGAACAAAUGAGCUGGAGGGUAGUUGAUGCGUCGCUAUUCCCUGGUUAUUUAAGUGACAUCGAAGAAGCCGUUGUGCAGGAGAAAGUUUGGGUUGUAGUAUCGGUUAAUAGGGGUGCAUCGGCUAACCUUACUACCGCUAUUGCAAACGUGGACGGCUCGUACAAUGGAUCUUCCGCCGUGACUACAUUUGUUAAUGAGGCUAGGAAUGAGGACGGAUACUCAGAAUUCAUUCAGCCAUUGGUCAUCCAAGCUCUAAUGGAGGCAGCGGACGAAUUCUCAUUGCAAAACUCUCAACAACUCGCUGCAAACACGUCUGCUGACUUCCAGGCGCUUCUCUCGCGAGCACCGACUGUUGUUACUCAGCCGAUGUAUUUUACAAUCAAUAAUUUACGACCAUUUGAUGCACCUGUUGCGACAGCUGUUGGAUAUGUCGGACUUAUUUACUUACUAAUUAUAUCGUUCAUCAUUUGCAUGAUGAAUUAUCAAGCACGCGUCCUGGUCUCUGGACUCAACCGUCAUCUGACUUUGGAAUCAUUAGUUGUAAUGCGCAUAUGUAUCCCUUUCGUUCUCUACUUCUUCGUUUCUGCUUUCUUCUCCAUGCUCAGUUUGGCGUUCCAAGCACCAUUUGACCGAGUAUUCGGACAUUCUGGAUUUGUUAUUUAUUGGAUAAUGAAUUGGAUGGGAAUGUUGGCAUUAGGACUAGCCAUGGAAUCCGUGAUCACCGUCCUCACGCCAAUUUUCACACCUUUCUUUCUCAUACUUUGGAUCAUUUCAAAUGUAUCCGUCGCGUCCGUGCCCAUAGAAGUCCUCCCAGGCGUGUUUAAGUAUGGUUAUGCGUCGCCAUUCUACAACGUCUCCAAGACUGUGCGGACUAUCCUCUUUAACACGAAGAAUGAGAUUGGCCUGAACUUCGGAGUUCAGUUCGCGUGGAUAGGAAUUUCGCUUGUCACGAUGACACUGUUUACGAUUUUAAUGCGAAAGAAGGAGGAACGUGCAUGGAAAGUCCAACAGGAGGCUGCGGUGAAGGAGAAGGGGAAGGUAUAA